AUGUUUUCUUUGACGUCUUUAGCUUCAAAAUCUAAUUCCAAAUCGAUCCAUAAAUUUAUAAUAGCUUCACCACCACAACUUAUCCAAGCUGGCUCCGAUCGAGAUAAUAGAAGAAGCUCCAUAUUCGACUUCUUAACCAAAUCAAUUGCUUCCGGGGCUUUGAUUGUCGGAGUUGGGUCGUUUUUUAGCUCAAAUUUGCAAGUUUCUUUUGCUGACUUUCCGAAACAAACGACAUGGACGGUGAACGAAGAUCGGUUUCCAUACCCAUUGCCGAAUCAAAAUGCAACGAAGAAACCAAGGUUUUUAUUUGGAGAUGAUUACAGAAGACGAGUGUUUUUCAACUACGAAAAACGAAUAAGAAUCCAAAGCCCUCCCGAGAAGGUGUUCGAGUAUUUUGCAUCUAUUCACACAGCGGACGGAGAAAUUUUCAUGACACCAUCGGAUCUAAUGAGAGCGAUUGUUCCUGUAUUUCCUCCAUCGGAGUCGAAUCGAGUAAGAGAAGGGUUUCUAAGAGGAGAAAGAAGAGUUCAUGGAGAGCUCUAUUGUGUUCCUUCUAAAUUCUUCAUGCUUUUUGACACCAACAAUGAUGGACUCAUCUCCUUUGCAGAGUACAUCUUUUUUGUUACACUUCUAAGCAUACCAGAGUCAAGCUUUUCAGUGGCAUUCAAAAUGUUUGAUAUUGACAACAAUGGAGAAAUAGACAGGGAGGAGUUCAAGAAAGUGAUGGGGUUGAUGAGGAAACAAAACAGGCAAGGAGCUCAUCAUAGAGAUGGGAGGAGGCUUGGGGUGAAAGCUUGCGUUGAAAAUGGUGGUUUGGUUGAGUAUUUCUUUGGUCAAGAUGGAAAUGGCUCUCUUCACCAUGAUAAGUUCGUUCAAUUUUUAAGACAACUUCAUGAUGAGAUACUUAAACUAGAGUUCUCACAUUAUGAUUUCAAGUCACAAGGAAGCAUAUCAGCCAAAGACUUUGCACUCUCCAUCGUUGCAGCAGCCGACAUAAACCACAUAGACAAGCUCCUCGAUCGAGUCGAAGCAUUAAACAAAGAACACCAUUUCAAAAACAUCCGAAUCACAUACGAAGAAUUCAAACACUUCGCUGAGCUACGUAAGAAGCUGGAACCCUUCUCAUUGGCCAUUUUCAGCUAUGGAAAAGUAAAUGGAGAGCUCACAAAACAAGAUUUCCAACGAGCCGCUUCCCAAGUCUGUGGAGUUUCGAUCACGUCCAAUGUCGUGGACAUAAUAUUUCACAUAUUCGACGCGAAUGGCGAUGGCGACUUGAGCUCGGAUGAGUUUGUGAGAGUUAUCCAGAGAAGGGAAGUCAGUUCUUCGCAAGCGACUUUGGGCGUGUCGGGGUUUUUGUCGUGCUGGUUCAGCUGUGCGGCUCGAUGCUCUUCUGCAAAGCUCUUUGUUCGCAGCUGAGUUCAAGAGACAUCCAUGGCAGCCUCGGCCUCCUGUAAAUUUUU